GCUGUCAGCUGCGCCGGAAGUUCCUGGCCAGGCCUGGCGGUAACCUUGGAGUCUCAGCCGGUGGUGCUGCCGCCGCCGUCGCCGCGGGGGUGGGCUUUGGGAGUCCGAGCGUCAGCCGGAGCCAGGCCUGUUAGGUGCCCGGAGCCUCCGGGGUUGCGCGGGAGUUCGCUGAGGAUCUCGGGGAGCAGGAACUGCGGGCGCAGGGCCGCCCAGCCGACAUGUCUCUAGUUGCGGAAGCCUUAGUCUCCCAGAUCGCAGCCUUGCAGCAUUAGACGCUGAACCCAAGCUUCGGGAUAGAGGCGGGCACUGACUACCAUCUCCUGGAUGAGAAAACGGGGAGAAACGUGGCUAAGCUGCAGAACCUUGGCCUGAAAAUGCUACAUUGUAUCAGCAACUGAAAGGGGAGCAAAUUUUGCUUUCUGACAAUGCAGCUUCUCUUGCUGUGCAGGCCUUUUUGCAAAUGUGUAAUCUGCCUAUCAAAGUGGUCUACAGGGCAAAUGCAGAAUAUAUGUCUCCAUCUGGUAAAGUACCUUUUAUUCAUGUAGGAAAUCAAGUAGUAUCAGAACUUGGUCCAAUAGUCCAAUUCGUUAAAGCCAAGGGCCAUUCUCUUAGUGAUGGGCUGGAUGAAGUCCAAAAAGCAGAAAUGAAAGCCUACAUGGAAUUAGUCAACAAUAUGCUGUUGACUGCAGAGCUGUAUCUUCAGUGGUGUGAUGAUGCUACUGUAGGAGAGAUCACUCAUGCUAGGUAUGGAUCUCCCUACCCUUGGCCUCUGAAUCAUAUUUUGGCCUAUCAGAAACAGUGGGAAGUCAAACGUAAGAUGAAAGCUAUUGGAUGGGGUAACAAGACUCUGGACCAGGUCUUAGAAGAUGUAGACCAGUGCUGUCAAGCUCUUUCUCAAAGACUGGGAACACAACCAUAUUUCUUCAAUAAACAGCCUACUGAACUAGAUGCACUGGUAUUUGGCCAUCUAUAUACCAUUCUUACUACACAAAUGACCAAUGAUGAACUUUCUGAGAAGGUGAAAAACUACAGCAACCUCCUUGCUUUCUGCAGAAGAAUUGAACAACACUAUUUUGGCAAAGGCAGCUCAUCUAUCAGAUUGUCUUAGAAUUAUGUGUUAAUUUAGUUAUUAUUAAAAAAUUUAAACUUUUGAAAUAUGUGUUACUUAAAUGAUGUAAUAGAUAAUAGUAUCAGAAUUCAAAGCUCAAAAUACUGCUUUUCAAAACCUCAGAACAAAUUAUAUAAUGUAUCAUAUACAUGUACUUUAUACUGUUACUUGUGUAUACGUUAAAAUAAUUUUAAAUGAUUUCAUUUGGUAUGUUGUACCCCAUAUCUUUGAAAUUUUUGUUUUUUUGGCACAUGUAUGCAUAUAAAAAUAAAGCUCAAACAACUA